CGGUAUACCGGAAGGGAAGGGCAACAGGCAGGAAAGAAAGUUAGAAAGAGAGCCCAAAAAAGCAAAGAAAAAUGGGAAAAGAUCUGAGCGACGACCAAGUUUCUUCCAUGAAAGAAGCCUUCACGCUCUUCGAUACCGACGGCGACGGAAAGAUCGCCCCGUCGGAGCUAGGGAUUCUGAUGCGUUCAUUGGGUGGAAACCCGACCCAAGCCCAACUCAAGGCCAUAAUCAACGAGGAAAAGCUCAACGCUGCUUUCGAUUUCAACCGAUUUUUAGACCUAAUGUCGAAGCAUCUCAAGCGUGAGCCCUUUGAUCGCCAACUCCGGGACGCAUUCAAGGUCCUUGAUAAGGAUGGGACCGGAUUCGUUGUCGUUUCGGAUCUCAGGCACAUUUUGACCAGUAUCGGGGAGAAGCUGGAGCCUGCGGAGUUUGAUGAGUGGAUCCGAGAGGUGGAUGUUGGAUCCGAUGGCAAGAUCCGCUACGAGGACUUCAUUGCCAGGAUGGUGGCUAAGUGAUUUUUUCCUCCUGUGGUUCAAAGCAGUGAUUGUAUUGUUGAUUAGCACGAAGCAGGAACGUGAAUUUUCUGGCGUACCAUUUGAUUCAUCAUUUUGAAGUGGGUUUUCAUUUUCAGAUCCUGCCUCAUUUUAGUCUCACUACUCGUUUAUGUCAGAUUAGGAGGGAAAAAAACUGUUCUUAAUAUAUUUGAGAGGAUUUUUUAUUUUCUUGUAUUUUGUUCUUAGAAUCCUGAAAUGGACAAGUAUCAGGAUAAGUAUUUCGGAUCUAGAUGUACUUCAGCAUACAGAUGUUUGGUGCUCUGAUCAACCUGUUUGUACAGUUCGAGUCGGAUUGAGCUUUAAUUUGGUGUAUCUGCUUUUCUCUCUUUAACUAAUUUGUGUGUGGACAUUCAUUUUGAGUACGUUCUUAUUGAGUGUCUGGACUUCUCGUGGUGGGCUGUUA